AGGCGGUUUCGCUCGCCUCCCCGUUCUCUGUCGAAGACGGGAGAAAGAACAGGCAGUGGAGAUGGCCAUGUUAUUGGCAGCUCUGUCCGCAGGUCCCCCAACUGCCUCACUCUCCUUCCUCGCCGGCCGCAGCGGCCUCGGCCGAAGCUCUGUCACGCUUUCCAAGGCUCCCACGACUCCUUCGAGUUCGCUCCUCCACACCUCCUUCCGUUCCUCUCCUUUUGGAUCUCUGUCCUCGCCUUCGUCCUUCUUCGGAUUGUCUCUGUGUGUUGAUUUGGGAUCCAGUAGAGUUGUGAAAGAGAGGUACCGUGGUCUACAAGUGAGAGCUGGAAAGGCUGCACUUUGCACGACGAAAAGGUCGAGAUCUCGAAAGUCACUUGCUCGGACGCAUGGCUUCCGUAGACGAAUGAGAACCCCUAGUGGAAGAGCAGUUAUUAGGCGAAGGCGUGCAAAGGGAAGGAAAGUUCUAUGCACCAAGUCAAAUCCAAACAGCGGAAAGCGGGCUUGAUCACAACGUGAGUUGGAACUCGCACCGUUGCUCAACGAUGUUCCUUGGGAGCACUUGACUUCUAUAAUUUGGUCUUUUUGGGCUAGACAAUUUGUUUUGCUUUGUCAAGUUUGUUGAUUGUCUUGUCACCAAUAAUAUUGACCAUGUGCAAUUAGUUGAUUGUCUUGUGUUUGUGAAUCGUCCCAUCUUAAUUGAUAUGCGGAAAUAUGCUUCAUAUGA